CCUCCCCCUCUCCGCUCUUCGCUGUUAACAUAAUACCAUGUCUGCCCCUGCUGCUGUCAACCCUGUUCGCAACGUCGCCCGUUGGUCCGCGUUGGCUGCUGGUCUUGUCUAUGGUUAUGUCCACCACAACACCUUGUCUUCCUUGGAGCACAACCGUGCCGAGCAGAAGAAGGCCGAGAAUCGCGAGCGUCUGAUUGCUCAGGCCAAGGCUGAAUGGGUUAAGAUGAACACCCCUACAGGAGGUGUCGUCACCGAUCCCGAAAGCCCCAACUUCGACUUGGAGAAGGUCUUGAUCCACCUCUCGGAGACUGCAUAAGUGCGCGGCAUGUGUAGACAUCCUUUCACAAAAUCAAUACCUUGCAUGGAGAUGGCACAAACGAAGGAGCGGACGGAGAGACUUUGAUAACGUAAAGAAAAAAAAUACAUCAUUUGUGACAAAUAAAUCGUUCUUGAAGC